GCGCGGUUGCCGGGUGACCCCGGGCUGUUUACCGUCCGGCCGAGAGCGCCCGAGCGCGGGGGCUCGCCGCACCCACCAUGGCCUCUCGCAGCGCAGGCACCCUCCCGACCGAGUUCAAUGCCGCCUACGUGCCCCUCGGCCUCGUGCCCGGGUACCAAGGCCAUGUUCCCAGUGUGGCCUUCUCCCUCGGCUCCCCCUAUAGCGCCACCACCCUCAAGUACUUCCAGGACCACCGCAACGCAGCCCUGGAGAAGAGCUACACUCCCUUCAGCAAAGGCGGUCACUUUCCGACCAUCUUCUCCCCAAACCCCAGCUUCGUGCUGAGUAACUGCUCCCACACCCGGGACCACUGGCUGCGCGCCCCCAGCUACACCCGCUUCAACCUGGACAGUGACCGCUCCUCUGAACUCAAGUGGUUCUACCAGAUGGCGCAGCAGCAUCGGAAGUACUAUCGAGACAAGACAGGCAUGGUACCCCGGGUCCCCUACUUCGUGCUGCCUGUGAGGGAGUGGGAACGGUACCCCCUCCCCACCGACCUGCCUCCUCUGACCCCGAAGAAGAAGUGGCACCUUUUAAGAGUCUCCCCUGACAACCUGAAGACCUACCAGACGUUCCCAUCCGGGAAGAGGGUCUCCCCACAGGAGCGGCAGAAGAGAGACUGCUACUUUGAGUUCAGAGCGUGAUGCCAGGGAGCCACUGGGCCUGACCGGGUUGGCUUUUGGAAUAAAAUCUUUAGCCAUGACCAUCCCCCAUUCCUCUGCUCUGAGCCCCAGGAGUAUUUGGCACAGCAGGACAGCUCUUGAGGGUCACAGAGCACUGUGUCUUAAGAGCUGUGGAAAGCUCAGUGCAAAGGGUUCAAUGCAGGAAAAAGCAUGCCCAGUGACCUCCAAGGGGGAGGCGGGUAGAACCGAGGACUGAGUCUUGGUGGCAGGUUGCUCAUGUACAGAGGUACUUCCCAUCUGCUCCCACUGGUCCCAUUCUCAUUCUGAGAAUGAGGAUGAAGUCACCCCAGAACAACUGCACUGGGUGUCAGAUGCAAAGGAAUUCCUGUGUGAGGCCUGCCCCAGCAUCAUUUUGUCGACACGGUGACCUGUGAGGGAGGUGGCGUUAUCCCCACUUUACUGAUAAAGACACUGAGGCUCAGAGAGGUUGAGAAAGUUGCCCAAGUUCACGUAGCUUAAGUGACACAGCCAGGAUUUGAGUCCAGGUCUUUCUGACUCUCAAGCCCUUUUCACUACACAUCCUGCUUGUGGUCCACGUGGAGGCGGAGGGGCAGGGAUGACGCAGCCCUUGGAUUCCAGAGGACGCUGUAGAGCUUGAGAGAAGAAACUCUGUAAAGCAGCCGUGUUCUGCAUUCUGCCCAGACUGGCAUGGACAGGCUGAUUUGGCAUCUACCCCCGGGACUGUUUCUAGAAGGGGACGGGAGAGAGUGACCUAGAACUAAGCCACUCUUCAAGGAACCUCUGUUUCAGGAGCCUCUAGGCCAGAAGUGGACCCCGCGAAAGGGUUCCCAGGUCACAGGCCUGAGGUGGCCUGAGAGGUCCAGGGUCUGGAGGGUCUGCUCUCACCAGGCUGCUGCUUCCUAUCUCAUGGGAGGCCACCUGCCUGCAGGGGACAGGCUGUGGGUGACAGCCCCUCAGUAUACAGGAACUGCGAUGGGGACCUCAGGCCAGGUGUGUAUCCACACCACACCACAGGAGUUCUCCAACAUUCCAGCACCUCCUGGAUUUGAUCAAGGGACUCUGUCAAUCAACAGGGCCUUUAUUCCCCCCCAAUGGCUGAGGGAUCAGCAGACCCUCCCAGCUCCAACUUCAAGAGAGAGAAAACCCAGCCGGAUGACCUCUCCCCCCUGCACUGCCUCCGCCCUGGUCCAGCCACUGUCGCCUCUCUCUAGGAUCCACAGCAGCCUCCCAGCUGGUCUCCCGCCUCUCAUUCCACCCCCUUCAGUCUGUUCUCAACAGAGCAGCCAGAGUGAGCCCGUUCAUUGUCCUUCAUUCCUCCCCCAGCACCUCUCUCACAGGCUCCCAUCUCAGCCACAGGAAAGCCCAGGGUCUGCCCUGCCCUCGCUCUGCCUCUCGCCAGUCCUCCAUCAGGCGAGGCACACUCCUGCCUCAGGGCCUUUGCACCGGGGUCCCCUCACUGGAACACUCACCCCAGAGAUCCUCUGGGUCUUGAUUCAAAGGCCAGCUUCUCACCAGGGCGCUACCCAGAACCUGUCGAACAUCGUCCUUCCUGCCCCUUUCCCUGCUUGGCCUCUCUCCCAGCACCGAUACUGCCUGACACACUGUGUGUGCCGCUCCUUAGCUCGUUUGCUUCCCUCCACUAGAAUGCCAAUUCCACAAGGGCAGAAGUUCUCGUCUUUUUGGUCACUACUGUAUCUCUAGCUGCUAGAACAAUGCCUGGAACACAGUAGGCACUCAAUGAGUAUUUGCUGGCUAAGUGAGCGAAUGAACUACCCAAGGUCACACAUUGGCAAGUGAUGGAGACAAGAUUAAACCCAGGCAGUGUGACUCUAUGGGCAGUCUGUGCCAUUAAUCAUUCGUAAUUUUAUUGUAAUAAAGUGCCAAUUUUUUGCUGGGCAGAUGACCAUCUAAAAUGAUCACUACAUUUCCCAGCCUCCCUUGCAGCUGGCUGUGGCCACACAACUGAGUUCUGGCCAAAGAGACGCAAGCAGAAGAGGCGCAGGCAACUUCUGGGAAUGUCUUUAAAGAGAAGGUGUAGCCCUUUGUGACAAUGAGGCGACCUUGGGAAUGCAAGAUAAAGCGACAAAAUAGGAGGAACCUGGGUCCCCAGCGCUGCAGAACCAUCAUGGACAAGUGGCCCUGGAAUUCUCCGUGUUAGAGACAGAGCACGUAGUGGCCAGUGAUCUGGGAAGCUAUCUUGUGUGAGCCACUUGGGGUUCCCUGUCAUUUGCCACUAAAUUUAAUCCUAAGUAAUUCAUUAUCUGAGCCUCAUUUUCCUCAUCUGUAAAACGGGUGAUAGCAGCACCUCCACAGAGUUGCUGUGAAGGUUGAAUAAGAAGAUACAUGUAAGUCACUUGGCGUGGCGUUGGCAUAUGGAAUGUGUUUAUUGGAUAUAGUAAAGACUCAAUUCUGUAUCACUUGAUGAUUAUUAACUACUAAAAAUGUAAACCUUAGAAACAGUAAUAUUCUGCCUUGAAGAGUGAGAGCGAGAGCUGGAUUGGGCCCAGAGUGGAGGAGUGAGUUUGCGGAUGUCACAGGAUCCUUCAGUGGUAGAGCCAAGACUUUUGUCUCUGUUCCCAAGGCAGGAUAUGGAUGUGGAGGGUACAACUAACCGCGUCAUUCCUUAAGUAGGUGGCUCUCCCCUGGUUGAAUGUUUAUCAGCCCCAGGGACUGGAGGCUCCGGCCUGACACGUUCACCCAGGCUCUCCCUGCACAGCUCUGCAAUUACACGCCAUGGGUCACGGGGCGGAGGGACCAGCGCUGGGACUGGAGGCAGUGGGCAGCCACAAUGACGUUGCACUGCUGGUUAUAAGCUCUGCGGCCUCUCCCAGAGACCCCGCAGUGUCCCCAGGCAUCCUGCUGGCCCAGCUUCCAUAUGCAGAGACUGCAGCAAAGUGACACUACUUUGGUCCCAAGCCAUCUGGAAACAGAAUAAUUUGCUAGAGUAAAAUGUAGUUCUGGACUGUUCCCCUCCUUUGGGGGUGCAAGGGCAGAGCAGCCUGGGAAAGGGCUGGGGGCUGGGAGCUCUGGGCCACUGGCCAGCCCAUGCGGCCUCAGGGCCUGCAUCCUUGGGCCACUCUGGGGAGGGGGAGCCUUCCUCUUGCUGUUUCCCAACAAUGGGGGAGAUUAGAGAGCUGGUAGAGUCAGAGCUCAGCCCUCACAUCCCCCCAAAACACUCUUACCAUCAUCAUCCCAACCUCUCUGUCAUGUUACUCCUUGCAAUUGACAGCGCAGUACUUUCACAAAAAUUAGCCCAUUUGAUCAAGUGAGGCAGGGCACGCUUUCAUUACUGUUCCCGCGAGAGCUGAGGUUGCCUCCCUGCCUCUCCCAGCCACCAGCAUCCCUUGUCACUGCAUCAGAUCUUGGGAACGUGCGGGAAAGUCUGCUGCUGGUGCUCUGGCAGCUGCCCGAGGGUAAUUCCUAUCUGGUGGAGGCCAUGCUGUUGGGAGCAGGCAGGCGGUGCUGGGAUGUUGGCCUCUGACAAGUACAAGUCUCCCCGGAGGUGCCGAGAGGAGGAUGGAUUUGCUGGAGGCCAGGACUAUCCCUCAAAGCAGAAACUGGAGCCCAGUAGGCACAUCCCAGUGAGUUCCUGUUACCUGCAACCUAAAGACUCUUGGCUAAGACAGGAGCACCCAGUCUGGGCCUGCAUUCUCCAUCCAGAAGAGCUGCUCCGUCCAGGAGAGUACUGACAGGAGACAGAAGAGGCUUGAGACAGCGCAGCAAGUGCUCUGUGGCAGAAGGCCUGACGGAAUGUAGCAGCGACUAGUGGUCUAGAACUCCUUAGAUACAUUGGAAACUCCCUGGGGACCCCCAGAAAUACUUGGGGGUAAGGAAGGAGGAAGACUAAUGCAUGGGAGGCAGGGACUACUAAGCCAACUGAAUUUGGGGGAGAAGUGCUCCAAACUCUGAUCCUUCAAAUCAGAAAGAGUUUGGGGUUUCUAUCAGUCCUGCAUGAUGCUGCUCACUGAAGCCCACCUUCAAACUAAAAAAGAAGGAAAAAAGGAGGCGGAGAGGACCAUCCAGUACCAUUUCCUUCUUCUAAGUGUCAACUCUCUGCUGCUAGAAGCUUUCUACUGCCAUCAGAUGAGAAAACUGAGCCCUCAUAGGUCCAUCUGGCUUAAAACUCCUCCACUCCAUGAGGCAGGAAUAAGCUGGUGUCCACUAUGUGGCAAUAGGGGAGGAGCUGGCAGGAAAGGAAGGCAGGUGAGAUGCCAAACUAUUCAAGCCUAAGAUACAAGUUCUUUGGGGCCAAGAAAUUGCCACGAUAAGCUUAAAGCCUUGCACAUGGUCUGUUCGAAGCCUUCUCAAGAUUUCUUUGUUUCUUUCUUUUUGAUUCUUUUUGAGAAUUCCAGGCAUCCCAGCUGUGCUAAGGGGCCAUGAGCCUGCAGAAGAGCCAUCUUUAGCAGAGUCUUACGGCUACCCCAGCCAAAAUCAGAGACCAAAAAAUAUCAUAGGACCUCAGAGAUGAUCUUUCUCAAACCCUUCAUUUUAAGGAUGAAGAAACUGAGGCCCAGAAAGGUGAAAUGAUUUGCCCAAGAUUUCUCAGCCAUUUAGUAACCGAGCCAGUUUCAGUGGUUGAAUCUCUUAACUUAUGCAAAUCAAGCAUAACUCCUUCAUAUCCAUAUGUAGUCCUCUCUCUGGCCUGCCCACACCACAACCAUGAAGUAGCAACACCAAUGACUCCAUUUGCUUCUGAUGGCAUGGAGGGGAGGGCAUCAAUCUCUUGGAGUAGUAGUUCUCAAUCAUUUUUUAAAAGUCUACAGUGUUUGAGAAAUAUGACAAUACCCAUUAAUACCCAAGUGAACCCCAAUAACACCACCUCACCAAUGCACUGAUGUCAAUGGAUUCCAGAUGUGGUAUGUACUCUGUGGCACUCGCCCCUCCCCUCCCCGUCCCCCACAGCACCCACCAUAGAUGCGAAAGGCGUACUCAAUCUUCAGGCUGGGGCAAGCCUGCUCACUGAACACAGAUGCCAUGCCCAGCACAUCCUCAAAGGAGAACACACCGUUGUGGGCGAACACUCUGCAGAUUCGGUCUCUGAAAGGGUUGACCUGUGGGUGGGGAGGAGGAGGCACGAGUUCUAUCACCAUCAAGUUCAUGCCUCCCUGGCCCUUGCUCAUCUUCCCGAAGCACAGUGUCCUGAGUUUGAGAAGAAAAUAACAGCAACAGAUUAAAUAUUGGAGUAGAUGCUGGGUCAGCGAACCAGGACCCUGGGUGUGAUGGAGGGUACCAGGGAUGAAGGACUAUGUUUAACAUCACUCUCCUCACUGUCAUCACCUCCUGCAUGCACCUUCUAAGGAUUCAUAUUUUGGUCUUACUCUUUUUUAUGGUUAUUAAUUUUCUCCAUGUUAUGUACAAAAUUUGGAAAAUACAAAAAAAAAGCAUGAAGAAUGGGAUAAAAAUUCUUUGUAAUCCAGUCCCCAGAGUCAGCCACUGUCAACAUGUUGAUGUAUAAGUCAGACAGACCCAGGUUUAAGUCCUGGCCUCAGUGUUUACUAGUGAGUAACCUUAGUGCAGACAAAUUACAUGAUCUCCUGAGGCUAAGUUUUCCCACCUACGGGGUUGGGUGGGGUAAUACUAUAUUGGCCUAUAGGCUUGUUGUGAGGAUUAAACAGCGUAAGUCUAAGAGGGCUCAAUGUCUGAUAAAUAACACUCAACAAGUGGUAGCUGUUAGUUGUUUAUAACUACUACAGAUAGUAUAAUUUGCACAGAAAUUUUCAUUUUUAAACCAGACUAUUUCUCAAAUUCGAGUGCCAAGCGAGUAAGGUGAUUUUAGGAAGCUUGGCUCCCCUAAACUGGGCCUGGCCAGGGGAACACAUGAGAGGGCGCUUCCGAUGUCAGUGCCACCUGGUUCUGAGCAAACACCCCAGUCGUUUCUCACCAGUUCAGAGGCAGCCCGCUAAGGCCACCUCGCUGCUCUCCCUCGGGCCCCAGGAAUGGGCAGGCUGGGUGGGCUGUGGGGUGGAGCGGUGGGCAGACCUAAUGAGAGUUAAAGGCACAGAGCAGGCCUGGAAAUCUUUGAAAGUAGCGAGUUUGUCUUUGCAACCUCCUCCUCCCACUUUCUGUGCCCCUAAUCCAUUCCCACCUGCCAGGACUCCUUCCCCCAGUUGUGCAGGGGCCCAGCACUGGCCUGUUCCAAACCACCCGCCUCCUGGCAGGCCUCGUUGGAUCCCGAUUUUGCUCUAGUGAUCCACAAUGACCCCCGAUCCCUCCCUCCCCACCGACGAACAUUCCUUUCCCUUGGCUGCACCUCAGCUAAGAAAGCUGUUGGAUUCUGUGAACUCACAGGGCAGAUCAGAGUGGCCAGUAGUUCCUCAAUCUUUCAAAUUUUUAAUUAGUUGAAGCAAAUCCCUGGUUGAUUUUUCUAGUCCCCUUUCACUGACACGGUAUCUCCUCAAGGCUCCAGGCUUCACGCCAAAGGGUUAGUUCCUCUGCUUCAAGCACGCAGUGGCCCCAUCACUUCCCUUACAGGCCUUGAGCCCCACCUCUGGGGGCCCAGCUCCUUGUCCACCUCUCCUUGGGGCUGCCCCAGCCCCAGCCAGUGCUCAGCUCUCUGGCUUUGAUUUCUCCAUUCUGCGCACAGGAAACUUCCCUUUCAUUUCUUUUGAACUCAGCUACAUAUUAAAUCUAUGGUUUAAUUUUAUUUGGUAUUCCUAUGUACUUGAGGCCGGAAGGAAGACUUUCUGUGUCACCUCAGGUAGCCAUAUAGUUCUCAAACUUUAGAGAGCAUGCAGGUUACCCCAGGUCCUUGUUAAAAACGUGAAUUGUAAACUCACGCCCUCAGAGCUCCUGUUUUAAGGUCUCGGUGUGGCCCAGCAUGGGGGAUGGGAUUGUCUCCCUGAAAACUUAUCUGUUGAAGUCCUAACCGCCAGCACCUUAGAAUGCGACCUCAUUUGGAAAUAGGGUCAUUUAAAUGUAACUAGUUAAGAUGAGGGCAAUAGGAAGUAGGGUGGGGCCGUAAUCCAAUAUGACAGAUGUCCUUAUAAAAGGGGGAAAGUUGGACUCAGAGACACGCACUCAGAGAGAACACCGUGUGGAGAUGAAGGCAGAGAUCGAGGUGAUGCGUCUACAGGCCAAGGAUGCCAAAGAUGCCAGCAAGCCACCAGAAGCUGGGAGAGAGGCCUGGAAAAGAGCCUUCCUCACAACCUUCAGAAGGAACCAAGCCUGCAGACACCUUGAUUGCACAUGUCCAGCCUCCAGAACUGAGAGUAAAUUUCUGUGGUUUAAGCCAUGGGGUUGUGGUAUAUUGUUACAGCAACUGUAGCAAACUAACACACCCAAGGCCCUGCGUUGUAAUAAGAUCCCCAGGUGACCGGUUAAUCUCACUCAUCUAUACAAGUACAUGUUCCAGGAGUGGUCGGGGUUGGGGUGAAUCCAGGCAGCCCUGCUAGAACUUCCAAAGAAGCUCCUGCCGUGUGUGCUUCCUCCGUCCCUUCCCCUCGACAUCCCCAGGAAUGCUCCGUUUGACUGCCUCAGACACUAACUCCAGCUUCGGUGAUGUGUUCCAGGGCACGUGGACCCAGCUAAGUGGCUUUACAGAUUGCUUUGCCGAAUUUUAACUACAUAACGCUCACAAUGGAUAAGUGGCUUAACAAGAUCCCUGCGAGGGAACCACAAUCGAAGAUAAUGCUUACAAUGCAAAUGCAAGUGAACAACACGGAAAUGUCAGGGCAGAUACCUCUUGUACUCAAACUACAAGUUCUUCUCUGUGAGGUAGAGAUGAUGAGAAUCUAGUCAGACAGAACGACGAGUCCCAGCUUCAGUUCUGUUUUCCUGCACUCGAACAAGUGCAAGACAGAUCAGCAAGCUCACUGUCUAAGCACAUAUUCAACCAGGGCAUGAGAUACCAAUCUUCUCUUCCCUGGGGGCCUCCCUCAUGACUUGGCUUUGCUGGUAGUGACCGGAGGGAGGUGAGUGCCAGGAAGCCAAUCCACUCCCCCUUAGACCGCGUCCUGUGACUCUGUUAUCUACGCACGUGCACGCAUGUGCAUUCACACACACACUGUCAUAGAGAUGGGGAAGGGGCAGUUGAUGUGUGGCUGGUGGUAACAAGAAUAUGCAGAGAACACAACAUGGUGAGCAGAUCCUGUUGAAGAUGCAGAGAAAAUAUUGCUGAAGAUGUAGAGAAAUAAGCAUUAAUAAAUUUCACACUGUGGAAGGUUUGCUACAUAGGUGAAGAAAAGUACAGAUAUUUCUUGCGUGGUUUUCCUGGAUUCUGUUUCGAUAAUGAAACACAUGAAGAACCACAUUUCUGUGACCCUCUGAAGGAAAGAGAUGAUAUGGAUGGAACAGUAUGUUACUUCUUUAAUAAAAACAUCAUUUAUGGGAAAAAUCGAGUGUAAUCACGGAUGGAGUGGCUGCUCCAUGAUGAAAAAGAAUUCUGGGUAAGGGGGUGGGGUGGGGCGGGGAUGGUGACACAUGUGAAACUAAUUUCCUGCAGGUGACUGUAGUCAAGAAGUCAAGUCCAGCACACGAUAUGCUGCGGGAUGCAUUGAUGUGGUUAGCUUUUUUAAAAAAAGGUUUAAAAUAUAGUAAACCCUACAGAACGAUUUGUAAUUAGAAGGGAAGUGACUAUGAAAAUCUUUUGAACUGCACAGAGAUUUGCUGGUUAUUUCUUGGCAGAGCACUUAAAAUAGCCAUCAAACUUAAACAAGAAUUAUACGCGUUUCUUACCCAAAAAAAGACAAGCAUUCCAAAUUUGCUGAGCUUCUUACAAUAAGUGGCUGUUGGCAGUUUGCGACCUCACAGGUAAGCACCAAAAGAUGAACUCAGCUUCUUCUGGCUCUUCAAGGUGAAGGCGACUAGUUUUAACAGUGGGUGAGGAACUACUUGCUUUUCCAAAGAAACUCAUGCUUUGGAGAGAAUAUUUUGAAAAUGAGAUUUUUGUUGUUGAAAAUGUGGUGUUACCUAUAAAAAUGCUUAUAUCUGCAUAUUUGAAAAUACUAGAUUUUUCUAAUCUGUUUGAAAAUCAUCCAAAUGAAGAGUGUCAGUGAAUUUUGAGUCCAUUUGUCAAAAAUAUGAAAACGCAAUGCUUCCCAAUUAGCUUGAAAGAGCCACUGACUGACGUAAGGGAAGACGGACAUCUACCAGCUUAAUUUCAGCAAAGAGCCUUUGAUUGGUGGGUGAGAUUGAAAAUGAGUACCAUAAUUUAAUACAGCCGAUGAUACAUCUCUUCUCUUUGGAUCAGCUCAGACAGCCAUUAAAAAUCAACUCAACUGGAACCAGACCUCUGAACGGCUCCCUCUCAAAGGGUUAAAGCAAGAUUUCAAAGAAUAAACAAGCAGCGUAUCCAUCUGCAUUGCUGCUCUUACGCUAUUGUUAUUAACUAUAAGCAAACAAUAAAAUUAUGAGAGGAGGAAAUUUUGUUAUAUAAAAUAAAGGAGAAUUUGUCUUUUAAAUGUAA